AUGGUCGCCAUCCACGGCUCGCUCGACGCGCACGGCGGCAUCUUCCUCGCCCUCGCCCUCUUCUACUUCCUCUCGAUCGCCGCGCCGGCAGGCGGUGGCGGUGGCGGCGGCUCGAACCACCUCCUCGUCCCCACGGGGCUGCUGCAGACCGCCCUCGCGGAGCAAAGCAGCGCCGCUGCCGCACCGGCGUGGCUGUCCGACGCCUUUGGCGGAGGGCUCGUCCGCAUCGACGCGACGAACUCGUCCGUCCGCCUUCCCAUCGGAGGAGCGGCGGACGGGCUCGUCUCGUGCGUGGUCGGGCGGGCGCGCGAGGCGUGCGGCGCGGCGGAGCUCGCGCUCCUCCCGCCGCCGCCGUGGCUGCUCACGCGCGUGCUGCUGCCCUACCCGAUCCCGCUGCUCGACGGCGCAGGCGACGGAAUCCACUGCACGACGUGA